GGCCACUCCACCACCACAAAACCGUGGACCUGGCUUCAUCCCCCGUCCUCCCAAGGGGCUCUACGGAUCGCUCUACCCCGUCCACCUCACUCGACUGCGCCCGAAGCGGCGACGGUUCCCCGUCGACCAUCGACCAGCCAAGGGGCCUCGGGGGAGGGGGAGGGGAGAAGCUACCCCGGAAGACUCCACCAGCGGCCUCGCUCCUCCUCACCGCAGGCUCACUGCUGCUGACGCCGCCAGUCACUGCGCCAGCCGCGCUACACUCCCGGCAGUCCUAAGGCGUCUCCCUCCACUGCCUCGGGCCUGGGACCGCCCAGGAACUCUGCCGCCGCCUGUCGCACCUCCGCUGGUCGCGUCUCCGCGUCGGCCCAAGAUCUCGCCGUUCGGGGCUCACACCUGGCAAGCCACGGCUCCAGCCGCCGCCCCAGGGGCACCGCCGCCGGCCGCGUCUCCGCGCCAGCCCGGGGACCUGUUGCACGGAAACCGCGCUCUGCAGGCCGGCCCAGGGAGGCUUCGUUGUUGA